AUGGAGAAGAUCAUAGAGAAGAGAAUAUAUGACAAAGUGGCUGAAAAGAUUAGAAAAGAAACAAUGGAAGUGGAUCUAGAUGAGGCAAUCUUCCAUCAUCAAGAUGUGGAUUUCAUUCACGUGUUGUUUCAAGAUAUUAAAGACUUGUUGACGAUGCGAUGGCUUGAUGUGACCAUAUUACAAAUAUUUAUAAUAUGUCUUAGUCGGAUGUGCUCCAAAAUUGGAGUUCAUACAAUUGGAUUCCUCUGCCCAAGGACUAUUUGUGCUGACUCUGUACUUGCGGAUAUUGAUAAGGUCACAAAAUAUCUUGUGAAUGCCAUGGUUGAACAGACGAAUCGACACUUCAUUUUAGCUCCAUACCAUGAAAAGGCAUUUCGAUCGGUUGAAACUUUAGGAGGGAGAAGACCUAAAAACAACGUUGAUUGGGUUCACAUUGAGUGUCCUCAACAACCGGGUGGUGUGGAGUGCGGGUAUUAUGUGAUGAGAUUCAUGUAUGAAAUAUGCACUCAAUGUUGGGAUUCUGAUGAUUUAGAUAUGGAAUUAUUCUUUAAUAGAAAGCCUUAUUCAGAAGCGCAAAUUGAUGAGGUUCGUGAGAUUUGGUCUAAAUAUUUUACUCAAAAAUGUAUAUAA